CUGCCCUCAGUUUCAGUCGAGCUUUCAGAAGAAGAGAAGCGACGGGUUCGAGGCGUGAGAGAUGAGGCGGACGGUUUUCCUCGCAGUGUGUCUGGCUCUGUUGGUGGCCACAGCAGUUCCAGCCAAGAGAACGCGAGAUUGCCCCUCAGUUUGUACCAAGAGAUGCCAGCCGGUGUGUGGCACAGACGGCAAGACGUACAAUAACCCCUGUCUUCUGCUAAGGUCGAAAUGCAUGCAGAAGAAAAAUGUCGAGCUCUUACAUCAGGGUCCUUGUGAAGGAACCAAAAAUUUCUGCGGAUCGAGAUCGAAAUAAAAAAAAGUUGGGCCUGCGGUCUCUUGAACCGUCGUUUUGAGUUAGAAAUGAGAAAACACAACAGUUUUUAAUUCUAUUUUUGCCUUUUAUUUUUUACCAGAGGCGAAGAUACCCCCGUGCUAGGUUGGUUAUUACUAAUAACAGGGUGACUGGUUGUCGAUGAUGACUAUUUGACAGUUGACAGGUUUUUGAUAGUUGCCAGUCAUCACCAGCCACUCAACCGCAUCUUCGUCUUGGUAAAAAAAGAAAGACAAAAACAGUGUAAAGAUAAGAAACUGUCUAUGCAUCUGUGAGUUCUUUCAUGUCUUAUUUAUUCCAUAUUCAUGUUUUAUUUAUACUUUGGUAAGCUCGCUUUCAAAUAUAUUUAAAAGGUCUA